AUGUUUUACUCCCAUGAGAUUCUCGCGAGCCCUCAGUAUGGCGUCGCAACGGUUUGGCUGGUUGCCACCCUUGGCGUUCAGACAAACAACCGCAAGGUGAACCGCAGGUCUAUCGAGAACGUCAAUGUUCCUCGAGCAUGCGACACGAUCGGAAAGCCUCCUGGUGCCCCCAUCGCCCUACGGCUGCAGGGCAACCUCCUCUACGGAGUGUCUGGCGUCUACCUGAAGAAGCACAACUACCUCCUCGAUGACGCCCAAAAAGUGUGGGAUAACAUGAAGAUUUUCCUUCGUUCUCUCCAGCAUUCUGCAUCUAAUGCGCUUAUCCUUGGUGAUGAUCCCAACUUUGUUCCGACUUUCGACCUACCGCCUCUAGACUUUGACGAGAACGGGGACCUGCUCCUUCCAGUGUGGGAUUUCAGCCAGCGUACCAGACUGUCCUCUCAACUUUCACCCCUUGACCGAGGAAGUGGCUCCAUUGUGCCCCCGGCGGGUGCGCAUUUCAUCGAUCUCAACAUCCGCCAUUCUUCAAGCCAAGAUAGCUUGGGGAUCCCUCCUCUUGGAGGCAAGCAGCAAAAGCCGGACGAUUUCGACCUGGAGAUCUCUUUUGGAGAGGAAGAAGUGCUCCCAUUUGAAGACUUUGGCCUCCAAGUCGACGCGGAUGGAAACCUCGUCGAACAGAUUGAGCCAGAGUUGCCUCCACACCCGCAAAGCCAAGGUGCCAUUGUUGGCGAAGCUGCACCGAAAGUUGGUAGCGCACCUGCCUUUCCCGAGGACGAAGCCAUGGUAGUUCCUGGCGACGAUGAUCAGAUAAUCAUCGGUGACGACCCGUUUACCGAAGCUCCAGUCGGUCAAGCCCAACUGAAUCCCCAACAAAGCGAAGUGCCACUUCCCUCUGAGGAGCUAGUCAGCUCCGACGAGCCUCAGCAGCCCCAACAGCGCAAGAACCGAACAAUCAAACGCAUUUCUCCCGACGUUGCUACUCAUGUGAGCCGAGAAGAAUUCAAGGGUUGGUCAGAAAAUUACAUCGCGCGCGUAGUGGAGGCUCGUGGACUUCACCAGCAAGUCACUGCAGCUCAAGCGAGGAAGAAUGCGUACAACCUCACCUUUGGGAUGGGAAUAAUGGGUAUUGGCAUACUCAACACCAUCCCCGGAUUGGAUCACCCGCUGGCUCAAUCCUUUGCCGGCGAUGAGCUCAAGGCUAUUGUCAUGGGCGAUGUCAACGUAGCGGCUGAGGAGGAAUAUGAGGAAGAAGCCCGAUCUAGUCGCCGCAGAUCUGCCUCGGAGGCCUUCGGCGAGGAAGAAGACGUUUUUGUUGACAGACGGGUCCGCCCUCGCACUCAUGGAGCCGAGCCUGAGUCCGAGGGGCAGGAUCCUCAGAUCGGCCAUGGCUCGCCCGAGCAAGACGGCCAGGUCAUUGACGAUCCGAUGAUGAUGUUCGAUGAUGAACUGCCCGAGGUCGGCCGUGAGCACCCCGGCUCUGCCAUGUCUGAUCACCACCGCUCGUCCAACGCGCCUUGGAAUCGUCCAUCGUCAUUAAUUCCUUCUUCCAUCCGCAGCCAGAAGGAACGUGAGGCAGGCGUCCACGUUGUCGAGGGCAGCCCGCUUGUGGGACGAGGCAGCAUACUUGCUAAUGAUCCGCGAUUCAACGAAGGCGACGUGAUCUCCUUCGGUUAUGACGGUCUGGGACACGACGCCGCAAAUGAACACAGCUCCCCCAGCGAGUUCGCCGCCCCCGCCGGGGGUAGCGCCCAGGAAGCCAACACGAGCCAGUUUAUGCGAAACGCCCUGGACCGGGAAGGGCGUAACUUUCUCGGCUUCGUGGAGCGGGUUGCUUUCGAGCGGGGCGAGCAGGACCGGGGGAACGAGAAUCGCCGCUGGGUCGACUUUGACAGCCUCUUCGAGGAACAGGACCUGACGAGGCCGGUUGCCGCGCAGGCUUUCCUGCAUGUUUUGGCGCUUGCCACAAAGGGCCAGAUCACGGUCAAGCAAGAGGGCAUCGAGGAGAAGAUUGCGUACGGCAAUAUCCACGUUGGUGUUACUGGCCCGCCUGCGAGGAAGCCGGAGGAAGCUUUGGGAGGAGAAGGCGAAGAGUAGUCGACCGCAGGACAUGAGCGACAAUGGCUACUGGCCAAUCGAUGGCAGCCUAGCCGGACCCAAAACUGUCUUUGUCGACUUUCUUGUUCUUUGAGGGGGGUAGAAAAACGCAGAAUUCUGGUGCUCAAGACCAUGGCGACGACACGGUCGCAGGUGCAUGGAUGGGCGCGAACGCACCAAACACAUUGGUGAAGGGAGCGCAUAGUUGCGCUUGCAGAAGUAUUUGACUGAAGUUUUGGAACGUUCAAGGCCGCCGGACUCAUCAAUUGGAUGAAGAAGAGUCGUUAGGGGUCAUUAUGGCAUGGCCCUGACCCGCAACAGGGCGACUCAAAUGGAUCUCAUCAGGUCCUCAGCGCGGCUGGGUGAGACCAUCUUGAUUUUUCUGCAUAGGAUGUUUGGGCGGCGAAUCAUGGCCGGCAUAUCAAGCGAACAAUUUGGCUUCUAG